UGCCAACUGUUCUGCUUUAUGCUAACGCAGGUUGAUACUGUAGUGUGCGCAUGUUAAGUUUUAUUCUUUAUUUACUUUUUUCGUCUCAAUAUGCUCUUUAGUUGUUUGCUCGUUAUGCGCCAUGUUUGAAAAUGGAUAGCGGCAGAUGUUUGAAAGUAUUUUUGUUGCUGAUGUUUACUGUGAAUUAUUUAUCCGUAUGCGAUGGUCUGAUGUGUUAUUUUUGCGAGGACAGCAGUAACAAGGACGGCAAGAACCGGUGCCAGACUUAUAUCAGGUCGAUGAAACACUACCGUAAAAAAUACAACGAAAAAGGACAGUUUCACACGGACAAGUUUGUGAAGAAUUGCACAGGGUACGCCAAUCUGCGGGAUGAUCAAGUGCAUUGCGCCAUUCUGACUUUGAAGACCGGAAGUACGGUAAGGACUUUUCUUCGGGACUGCAGUGACGGCGAAAAUUUCUAUAGUCCCGAAAUAAAUGAGCGGUUUUCAAACAUGACUUUCGAUGGCAACCAGACACAGUGCGUACGCCCAAGUACCGAUGACGAGUACUGUGUGACGCUGUGCAAUGGCGACAAUAAUGACUUCUGCAAUGGUCCGGUUUUGUCUGCCGCUAUGCGGAGUUUUUCUGCGUUUUCUGUUUAUAUCAAUAUUUUGAUAACAGGAUGGAUCCUCAAAUUCUUAACAAUUUGAUACUCAUUGAUUAAUAAAAAAACCUAUCUGUGAAUAUAGAUUCU